UGAGAAACGCACCGGGUCUGUGUCGCAUCCGCACGCUACUUUAGAACUCUUCUCGUGACACAUUUUACGCGACGUAACUUUUUGUGUUUACAUUUAAAAAAAAAAAAAUAUAUUCUUAAUGUGUCUAUAGACAGCAUUGGAUGUUUAAAAUGUAAAUAAGUUUGAGUUUUAUUGUGAAACAAUGAGUGCAGUGUUAAGAACGCAUGUGUUGUAUAAUUAAAAAAUAAUCAUUAUAAACUGAUUCUAAAAUGAUAUUUAUCAAAUAUAUAAAAUCUGGAAGUACGUGAACAAUGGACUUGAAUAGAAGCUUUAGUUUAUGCAGUAUAAUGGAAAAUGUAAGAUGCAAAGAACUGAAGGUCGGUGGUAGAUGGCAGCGAAGGACGGUAGCCCGCUGAAGCAAUAUGGCAGCGGGCGCGUGUGCGCGAGGCGGAGGACCUCUCGCGCGUUUACUGGUGCUGGCUGUUCUACAAGUCAAUUUUAUAGCUCUAGGUCUGGAACCGGAUUUCCUGUAUCCCCUGGAGAACGUGACGAUAGCGCAGGGGAGGGACGCAACCUUCACCUGCGUGGUCAAUAACCUGGGUGGUUAUAGGGUGAGUGGCGACUCCGCCACCGCCAGGGUUGCAUGGAUCAAAGCGGAUACAAAGGCGAUUCUGGCAAUACACGAACAUGUGAUCACGAACAACGCACGUCUGAGUGUAACACACAACGACUACAACACGUGGACGUUGAUCAUCCGCGGUGUGAAGAGAGAGGACAGAGGACAAUACAUGUGCCAAGUAAAUACAGACCCUAUGAAAAUGCAGACAGCAUUUUUAGAAGUGGUAAUUCCACCAGACAUCAUUUACGAAGAGACUUCUGGAGAUAUGAUGGUGCCAGAAGGGGGGUCAGCUAAACUUGUGUGUAAAGCACGAGGAUAUCCACCCCCUAAAAUAGUCUGGAGGCGUGAAGAUGGUGGAGAUUUAAUAUCCAGAGGUGGACCUCAAGGCAAAACCAAAGUGAUGUCACUCGAAGGUGAGAUAGUAAAUCUGACUAAGGUGACGAGGUCAGAAAUGGGAGCUUAUCUAUGCAUCGCAGCCAACGGCGUCCCGCCCUCAGUCAGCAAGAGAAUCAUGCUACACGUACACUUCCACCCUCUGGUCCAAGUGCCGAAUCAGCUGGUAGGCGCGCCAACCGGCACCGAUGUCACUUUGCAGUGCCACGUGGAGGCUUCACCUAAAGCCAUCAAUUACUGGACGAGAGAGAAUGGUGAAAUGAUCAUAUCAAACGACAAGUACCACAUGAGUGAGAUCAACAGUUCUGCGUACAGCGUCCAAAUGCGGCUUGUGAUAAGGAACAUACAGGGCACGGAUCUCGGUGGAUACAAGUGCAUCUCGAAGAACUCUAUUGGAGAUGCCGAGGGAAAUAUUAGAAUGUAUGAAAUGGAGUUGCCCUACAGCAAGAACCGACCAGACGAUGAUCGCGAUUCAGAUCUUGAAGAGACGAAUGACGUCCGAUCCAGUCUUCAAGGAUCACUCCGAGAGGGCGGGCGUGCGGAGGACGCAGGCUUCCUUGGAGGAGGAGGGCCGCCCUCCGCCGCCGCGACCCGAACCACGCCGUACGCAAUAUUUUUAAUAUCAGCCUUAGUCUACGCCAUGGGCUAAACUUUCUCCUUAGUAGGGUAACCACGAAAAAUUAAAACGGAUAACGUACAACGUACAGGUAGCGACGAAUUAGAAUUAUUGUAAUAAAUACAGGUUAUAUAAAUUUACAUCGAUCCUGAAAAUCGUUUUGAUUUAACAAAUACAUCACCACAAAAUUUCAAUAACACUAUCCCGGUAAAAAGAGAAAACAUGGCAAGACUACCAAGAAAUCAUAUGUAAGAGUACCUCGCGGUAUAUCACGAAUCUAUUGUUCUUCCAAGUUUUAAACAUGAUUUUCUCAUUACCGCGUCUUCCCACUCUAUACGGUUGAAUAUGAAAUCGCCUUUGUAAACUGUUAUUUAUAUUUGUCCGAUUUCAUAUUUAAUGUGAGCAAACUUGUUAGGAUUUAAUUGUAUAACAUAUUGAAAACAAGGACCAGAUAGUUGGAGAUUACCUCACAGAUGUACGUCAGUGUUGCUAUGUUUUAUAUGAACUUAUAGUGACAAUUAAACUGUGGAUAUGUGAUGUGACCGUGUAUAGUGAUCCCAGCUCAAUAAUAAUCGUUGUAUAUGCAUAGAUAUGGCACCGGAUAACUAUAAAUACCGUUGGAUUCUAAUUAACCUAGCGAGAUUAUGAACAGCCAAAAAACUUAUAACAGAACGUUCAAUUUAACAAUUGUUUUAGAUACUUAAUUUUAAUUUUGAUUUUGAUUGACUUAGUCGUUACAAACAUAUAUAUUUAUUUUUAUAAUUCACAACUAUUUCAUAAUAAAAAUAACAUAUACAUUACAAGCAAUAACAAUAUUUAGGAAGUUUACACUCUCGCUAGUUUUAUUAUAAGUCAGCUGUGUUUAUAAUUCCCGGAAACAGAUACAUGUGAUAUUGUCAAGCGAUAGUAACAAUUAAAUCACCCCAUGUAAAAUAUAUAAAAAGUAUACCACUUAGCUCCUCAAUAUACUUACUACUUCGCCGUCAUAGUAUAUCGAUUUUAUACUACUUCAUAUUUAAAGAAUAUGCAAUUCGAUAUUUUAUCUUAAUUUAGCCGUUCUAAUAGAUUUAUUUGAAAUUUUAAAUUGAGUGUAUCGAAGCUAGAACUAAUCAUAAUGCUAUUUAACAGGAAAAAAAAAUACAUUGAUUUAAAAUUACAUAAAAAAAAUUACCAAAUAUAUUUGUAUAUAAGCUAUGUUAUAGUUAUAAAUGAGUAGCUUUCUAUGGAACUAUAUAAAGCUUUUUUUUUGUAAAAUGUAUAUUUAUAAAAUAUAUAUAUAGUACUCAGAUUAUCAUACUUAUAGUAUUAAUGUAUAUUGAAAAGCUAUAAAAUAUAAGAUAUACAAUAAUAAUUGUUAAACAUAAUAUUGUUGAAUUUAUGAACCACCAUUUAUAUGCUAUAGUAAAUGUAAUUAAAUAUAGCCAUUAGUUAAGCUUAGAAAAUUGUUUAAAUUUCAGAAGAACGAAUGUUUUUUUUUUUUGUUGAUUAAUAAAUUAUUGUUCCGUUCAGUUAACGUAAAUAACAUGUACCUUUGCUGCCAGUGUCUACGUACAGUCUUAUAAUGAAUGUGUAAUAUUGCCUGCAAACCAUUAUAAACAUACAUACCUAAAAA